AUGUCCAGCAUGUACAACCACCGCAACCCGAACGCAUCGCAGGGAGCACAGCCCGGCGGCCCGCCCCCUCCCGGCGCUGGCGGCCCUUCUUCGCAGGCAGCGGCGGCGGCGGCAGCUGCAGCCGCAGCAGCGCAGGGUCAGCAUCCCGGCCAGCCUCCGGCAGGCGGACUCGGUGCUCCUUCUUCCGCCCCGCCGCCGGGCGCACAGGGUGGACCUCCCGGCUCGCCGCCGCCGCCGCUGCUGCGGCUGCUGCUGCCGCCCAGAAUGCCAGCUCCGGACGCCUUUCCGACCUGCUCGAUUUCCUCCGGACGCCUUUCCGACCUGCUCGAUUUCGUCAAGCACGAGUUUGACCUGCUCGGCAACGACGCUGCCCAGCUCAAGGCUCAAAGAGACGAGAUGGAGCAUCGAAUUACGCAGCAGAUGAACGAGGUGGUCCUGAUGCAGACACACAUCUUUGAGCUCGAGAAGAGGCACACCCAGAUCAUCCAGCAGUACGAGGAAGAAGUCAAGAGGCUGCGCAGCAUCCUCGACUCUCGCGGCCUGUCGGCCGAACACGGCGCCGCAGCGCCUCCUGGCGCUCCCGUCGGUGGUCCGCCGCACCUCCCCGCAUCAGGUGCAUCUGGACCUCCGCCGAUCGCCUCGGCCGGAGCGGCUCCGCCUGCUUCGGGCUCGGGCGCCGGAUCCAGCGCAGGCAUCUUUGGAGGGCCCAGCAGCAAUGGCGGCCCCGGACCCGGCGGACCAGACUCGUACGGACGAGGGCAAAACGGCUUCGACCGGGAGCGGGAGGCGGGCAGGCCUGGAGGACCCGCCAACGCCAAGGAUGGCAAGCGGAUGCGGGUCGAGGGAGGACCGGGAUCGUACCACGGCGGACCUCCGAGCCCGGGGUUUGAACGCGAGCGCGAGCGCGACAGCUGGAUCAAGAAGGAGGAGCGGGAUCGCGAGCGCGGACCGAGAGAGGAAAAGUGGGAUCGUGACCGCGAGCGCGGGGGCCCUCCAGGCAUAGGCCCGGGCCCAGGUCCCGGACCCGGUCCGGCGCAGUCGCCGCACGGUCCUCCGCCGCUCCCGCCGUCUUCGUCGUACAGCCGCGAAGUGUCGCAUCGCGAGGGGCGUGACCGCGAGCGCGGGCCGGCGACGGAACGACCGACGGCCGACGGUGCCGCGCUCUCGGCCAGCGGCACUGUCUCGCCCGGAGCCGGCACCAGCGCGGCUGCAGGCAACGUCAGCCUGGCCAACCUGAGCGACAUGGACCCGGAUGAUGUGCCGCGCGAGCUGAAGAAGGAGGGCAGCGACUGGCUCGCCAUCUUCAACCCCAAGGUCAAGCGGGUGCUCGACGUGAAUCUGGUGCACACGUUCCUGCAUGAGAGCGUCGUGUGCUGCGUCCGCUUCUCGGCCGACGGCAAGUACCUGGCGACGGGGUGCAACCGGAGCGCGCAGAUCUACGACACCAAGACGGGCGCCAAGACGUGCGUGCUGACCGAUCAGAACGCCAACAGCAAGGGCGACCUCUACAUCCGCAGCGUCUGCUUCAGCCCCGACGGCAAGUGCCUGGCGACGGGCGCCGAGGACCGCCAGAUCCGGAUCUGGGACAUUGCCAAGAAAAAGGUCAAGAACCUGCUGUCGGGCCACAAGCAGGAGAUCUACUCGCUCGACUACUCCAAAGACGGCCGCAUCAUUGCGUCGGGCUCGGGCGACAAGACGGUGCGCAUCUGGGACGUCGAGACGGGCCAGAUGCUGCACACGCUCUACACGAGCCCCGGCCUGGAGCACGGGCCGUCGGAGGCGGGCGUGACGAGCGUCAGCAUCAGCUCCGACAGCCGGCUGGUGGCGGCGGGCGCGCUCGACACGCUGGUGCGCGUGUGGGACACGCAGACGGGCCAGCAGCUCGAGCGGCUCAAGAGCCACAAGGACAGCAUCUACAGCGUCAGCUUCGCGCCCGACGGCAAGAGCCUCAUCAGCGGCAGCCUGGACAAGACUCUGAAGCUGUGGGACCUCACGGGCACCAGCAAGGCGGCCCAGGAGGGCGGCCGCGCCGAGGACAAGGGCGGCCAGGCGACGUGCGCCACCACCUUCCUCGGGCACAAGGACUACGUCCUCUCCGUCUCGUGCUCACCGGACGGGCAGUGGGUGGCCUCGGGAUCCAAGGACCGCGGCGUCCAGUUCUGGGACCCCAAGACGGCCCAGACGCAGUUUGUGCUGCAGGGCCACAAGAAUUCGGUAAUUGCCAUCAACCUCAGCCCUGCCGGUGGCUUGCUGGCGACGGGAAGCGGCGACUUCAACGCCCGCAUCUGGUCGUAUGAUCGCAUUGCCAACUGA